AUGUCGGUCAAGCGGGUCCUGGUCAUUGCGGGCUCCGAUAGCUCUGGUGGCGCGGGCUUGGAGGCUGACCAAAGAGUAUUGGCUGCCCAUGGCUGCUAUGCUCUCACAGCUACAACAGGGUUGACUGCACAGAACACACUCGGUGUACAGGACAUUUUUGUCGUACCAUCAGAAUUUGUGAGAAAGCAGAUUAAUGCAGGCCUGGAAGAUGUUGGUGCUGAUGUCGUGAAAUUGGGAAUGCUCUCAUCUGCGGAGACGAUUGAUGUCAUUGCCGAAACGUUACAAGCCCACAAAGUUCCCGUCAUUGUCCUCGACCCGGUCAUGGUUUCCACCAGUGGAGCGCAACUUCUCCCAGAAAAAGCUGUUAAAGAACUCCGAACGAAAUUACUCCCCCUAACUACUGUUCUGACUCCUAAUAUUCCUGAGGCUCUGCUCCUUAUCAAAGACGCUGGAUUCGAGGCUCCUGAACCAGCAGACCUGGAUGGGCUGGUUGAUCUUGCCAAGCAAAUCUGCUCUUUAGGCCCGAAAGCAGUUCUCCUCAAGGGAGGACAUCUCCCGCUUACAAAUGAUCACAAAGUUGCACAAACCCCAGAAGAUGCAACUACUGUGAUCGAUAUCCUUUACGAUGCAGAAUCUGCGGUCACAACAUUGUUUGAGACCGAGUAUUUGGUAUCCAAGAACACACACGGCACCGGUUGCUCGCUUGCUUCAGCGAUCUCUGCCAACCUAGCCAUGGGCAAGGACAUGGUGCGAGCCGUUCGCAGUGCCGUGCGGUUCGUCGAAGUAGGUAUCAAAACUAGCGUGGACCUGGGUAAGGGUAGUGGACCAAUCAACCACUUUCACUCGAUCUAUACUAUGCCAUUUGCACCCGGCCGUUUCCUUGAGUACAUCAUGGACCGUCCAGAUGUUCAGCGGGUGUGGGGAAAGUUUACCCACCACGAGUUUGUUGACGGUAUGGGGCAGGGUACGCUCCCUGUGGAACGAUUCAAGGAGUAUCUUGUACAAGACUAUCUGUACCUGGUUCAAUUUGCCCGCAGUAAUGCGCUAGCAUCGUACAAGUCUCAAGAUAUGGACUCUAUCGCCGCAUCCGCGCGUAUUGUCCUGCACAUCCAGCGAGAGAUGGCUCUCCACCUAGAUUACUGCGCUUCCUUUGGUCUUUCGAAACAGGAAAUGGAAGCUCAUCCGGAAACCAUCGCAUGCACUGCGUACAGUCGAUUCAUUCUUGAUGUGGGCCAAUCAGAGGAUUGGCUUGCCCUGCAGAUGGCUCUGGCACCCUGUUUGAUCGGCUACGGCGCCAUUGCCAGGCGGCUCUACUCCGACAAGAAGUCUCUCCGUCAAGGCAACCAGUAUUGGAAAUGGAUUGAGAACUAUGUCGCCGAAGACUACACGGAAGCAGUGCGUCUCGGAUCAGGUUUGCUGGAAGACCAUGUGCAGAAGGUAUCGCCGAGUCGCCUGGAGCAGUUGAUCCGGAUUUUCAUCCGGGCUACAGAGCUGGAGAUCAGUUUCUGGGACAUGGGGCUGAGCGACCGGAAGCUGUGA